CAGAGUCUCCCCGCGUCCUCGGUUAUUUCUGCACUAAAAUCAUCGUGUUUGUCUUUAAAAGAGAAUCUGAGGAGGAGACACGGGUCAAACUGAAGUAAUUGAACAGUUCUCCCCGAGGAUGGCUUCACUAAUCUUAAAACAAAUGGCGUCUUCACUGACUCGCCAAGUCCUCCACAUCAGCAGGUUUUCUGUGAUGCUCUCCUCGUCCCCAGCCUCGUCCUACGCAUGUCUCCGGACACUGUCUGCGGCUCCCGGCUCUCCGCUUUGGUCUUCAGCCAGAAUAAACUCGCCGCGUCCCUCUCCGUCUCUGCUGGGACAGUGUCGGGCCGCGCUCUGCCUCCAGCCGUGCGCCAACAUGAAAACCAAAAGCGCCUUGAAACGCCGCUGCAAAGACUGUUUCUUUGUGCGACGCCGGGGACGUUUGUUUGUGUUCUGUAAGACUCACCCGCGGCACAAGCAGAGGCAAGGCUGAAACAUGCAGAGCCAAGGCUGAAACGUGCCCUUAAGACGAGACGCUUGGUUAUUAUAAUAAGUUAAUUGCUGUUUUGUUAUUUUCUUCCAAAUGAACUUUUUACCCGUCGAUAGAUGUGUGUUCAGAUGUGUCAUACAAAGAUAAAAGUCACAGAAAUAAACAGAAACUUGACGCAG